CCUCAGCUGCUGCAUUCAGGCUCAGUGCGCUGCUCCUUCCUCAUCCAGUCCACAAAGAAUUCGAUUUUUUAUUAUUUACAGCCACCGAGCCGCUUUGAGAAGGAUACGGGAUUAAUUUAAACUACUCUGACUGAAACAUUCGGACGAUUGUGUCUCGGUUUUGUUGCUCUUCUUGUUCUGUUUUGGAGAGAAAAAUGCGCCUCAUCCAGAACAUGAGCACCAUUGCGGAGUAUCCAACUCCUGAAUACUCGGUGCCCAACCGUGUCAUUAAAAUAGCUGUUAUAGGAGGCAGCGGAGUGGGCAAAACAGCACUCGUGGUGAGAUUCCUGACAAGACGCUUCAUUGGAGACUACGAGCGGAAUGCUGGUAAUCUUUACUCCAGAGAAGUCCAAGUAGAUGGAGAGCAAGUGAUCAUCCAGGUUCAGGACACUCCUGGUGCAGAGAUGACUGAUAAUGGUAUCAGCGUCCCUGACCAUGUGAGCUGCUCUGUUCAGUGGGCUGAUGCGGUGGUGUUGGUGUAUUCAGUCACAGACCGUCGCAGCUUCGACUUGAUGGAUCAGCUGCACCAGCUGGUCGUCCGUACCGGCGGCGCCAACAUGCCCCCGGUGAUCCUUCUGGCUAACAAAGCCGACCUGCUGCACCUGAGGCGAGUCGACUCCCAGCAGGGCCCCUUGCUGGCAGGGACUCUGGGCUGCUCCUUCUACGAAGUGUCCGCCAGCGAGGACUACAACCAGGUGCACGGUGCCUUCCACAGGCUCUGCUGUCAGCUGGCCAAGCAGCCUCCACCCGCCUCCAGCUCCUCCCAGUCCUCCGCCAGCGGUGCCACGGAGAAGAGGCGCUCCCCUCUCAUCCCCAGGCCCAAGUCUCCCAACAUGCAAGACCUGAAGAGGCGCUUCAAGCAGGCGCUGUCGGCCAAAGUCAGGACUGUCACCUCGGUGUGAAGAGGAGGAAAAAAGAAGCUGGUCCAGAGUGGCCACAGAAAGAAUGAAAGUGUUGAGGGCGGAGGAGAAGAUCUCUCCAGUUGCGUCCUGUAGCAGCCUGCCUGAGGACGGCAGGUGUGGGAUGAACAGUGGGAGCUUCUGUACAGCAGGGGGGCAGACGAUGAUGACCUCUGGGUGGGCACGAGUCUGUCCUGUCUGAUAAUGUGUGAAGAGAGAAGCAGCGAGGAGGUUCGACUUCUGUUCAGGGGGACAAAACAACACCUGAGGACACACAGAAGCAGCGAAGGGAGGCUGUCUGAACUGCAAACUCUACAUUUAAAAAUAAACCGUAAAUCAGAGUUCUCCUGGCAACAGCAGUGUUGAAGGACUGCUUAUUUUUAGCUGUGCUGCCCAUUGUGGCUGCUCUUUAUUCAGAGUCUGCUAAAUGCUGCCAUUAUUACACCAACCACUUUAAACCAGAGCUCUGCGCAGCCACAUGUGUGCUCAGUCUGUUGUUUUUUUGUCAGUUUCUGCAGUUUAUUUUGAUUUUUUUUGCAGCUUUUAAAACCUUAACAUGAUGAGGGGAGGGGCGGGGCAGCAGUAUGUAGCAUGCGUUGGUUGUCACUGAUGCACUUUAUAAAGAAAAGGAAAACUCCAAAGGGCCUGUUGUUAUUUAUUUGUUAUACAUUUCACCUUUUGUGCAGAAUAAAAUGAUGAAUUUGAA